AUGUUACCAGGGUGCCCAGGCUAUCGUGAGAUGGAACAGCUUGCUAUUGCCCACCGAGCCAAAAGUGACAAAGAGUCGGUUUUUAUUCAGCAGGUUGUGAACAUUGGUGGGACGCUUCCGAUCCCCCUGAAAGAGCUCUGUUUAGAAACAAAUGGCAAGAAACACUACUGCCUGGAAGUGCGUGCAGUUGCUGAAUAUGUCCUCGGAAGAUAUCCUCAAAAAUUGUUGGCUGGCUUUUCUGCUGAUGAUUUUGCGUGUUUCCAAAGCCUGUUGGAGGAAUAUUGGCAAUGCUACAAAAAAUUUUACCAAGAGCACCCAGUUUUUGAAGAUCACAAACAGGAACUGGGAAGGUGCAUACCAAUCAAGCUACACAGCGAUGAGGGAACUGGACUGCGCAAAACAGCUGUCUACCAAUUCAGUUGGGGUCCAAUUCUGUCUGAUGGUUUUGAACGUGGCAAUUCCGUGUUGGAUGAACUGUGCUCACAUUUGGCAGCGCAGGCUGCCAGCAUGUAUCGUGAAGGACUUGAAACUCCUUGGUUUGGAAAACUCUACUUCGUGUGGUGUGCCCACGAGGGGGAUUUGCCGGCCCAAGCGCGAGCAUACCAUUGCAAACGCAACUUUAACUGCGUGCCAAAUCCUAUGUGUGUAUGGUGUUCAGCAGACGAUUCGAACGUCCCUUACACAGAUUUCAGGCAGCAAGCGCUUUGGCGCACCACUCUUGGUGAUGAGCGUCCGUGGACCAACCCAAGCCCGCUUACAGAGAUACCUGGAGCGAGGAGUGAACAGUUCCUGUCAAAGGACUUGUUCCACAUAUGCCAUUUAGGCAUUGUCCGUGGAUUUGUCAUCAACCUCAUUUGCUAUUUGGUGCACGCAGGGCACUUUGACUCUGACCUUGAGGAAGGGGGCAGCAUUCCAGCUGGACUUGAGCAGGCUUACCGUGAGUUCCGUAACUUUUGCCGGAGGAUCAGGGAGACACCAAUGGUAAAACAUUUCACCCGUGAAAACUUGAGUUGGACAUCGCAGCACAAAUACCCGGAGUGCAGCUUUAAGGGUUCUGACACCCGUUUGCUGUUGCUUUUCUUGAUUAAUUUUCUGGAGGGCCCUGACAUUGCCUUGGAUGAUGUCAUGGCUGAUGCCUUUUUGUGCGCAAAGUCCAUCCAAGACUUUUGA